AGCCUGCGCACCUUGCCUCCGUCCUCUUCCACCAUGUCCGCUUCGCUCGCGACUCUGGCACCCGCAGGGGCAGUGCUUGCCGCAUUUUUUGCCCGUAGCUCCAAGUUCCCCUCGAGCCUCUUCUCGUGGCAUCCCACAUUGCUAGGCGUGGGUUGGCUGGCGCUGACCCCGUACGCCAUCAAGUAUCUGCGAGAGAGCAAGGAGACAACAGACGUGAAGGAGAAAGCGGCCAAGGUGCAGACCCACGGGAUCUUGAAUGGCUUGGCAUACGCUGCGAUCGCAGGAGGGUUGUGGGCCAUCUGGCAGAACAAGGAGAACAAUGCCGCAGCCAAGAAGCUUGUCGCAAAGCAUCUUGUCUCCCUCCACGGAAAGCUCGGUGCUCUCACUACCGUGCUUGGUACGUCGUCGCUCCUGCUCGCUGCCUAUCGCACUACCAGCCACAAGACUCAGUCCCUGUACUACCUUUGGAGAGAUAAGGUACAUCGCUACUUGGGCAUCGCUGCUUACAUCACCGCCGGUAUGACGAUUGUGAGCAUCGUCAAUGCGCCAUGGGGCAAGCACAACUUGGGGCCCGCCGGGCAGAAGAUCUUAUCUGCCAUUCUUGUGCUGUAUCAUGCUGCUGUCGUCCGUGUAUGCCUCUAAGGAGACGUCUGGAGGGUUGCAUUCGGAAUGAAAAUGAAGGGAGACUCUGAUGUCAUUCUUGACGGAAGGACGUGGUUGUAAGUGAAGUAAUGCUUGACGUUCAGACAAUCCUUCAUUUCAAAAAAUAAAUUAUAGUCUAGAG